AUGAAGAACAAGGAUAAGCUCAGUAAGCCGACGUCAGCUGGUCGUGUGGCCGGCAAAGGCUUGUCGACAAAAUGGUCGUCAUACUAUAACACUGGUGGGCGAAAGGAGAAAAAGACCAGCUCGGAAAGCCAGGCGCGCGAGGUUCAAGAACUCAGGGCACAGGUGGCGCGGAUUCCGGAGAUUGUCCAAGAGCAAGUGCAACAACAACUCGGAGCGACGAUCACCGCCAUUGUGCCUACCUUGAUCCAGGGGAUUAGUGCGUGGAUUGCGGGCGGCCAACAGGGGCCGCCCCCGAUUCCUAGCUUCACGGCCAGCAACUCGCAGAACGCGAUGGCGGGGCCAUUGGUGUCUCCGGCGGAGGCGACAUUGAACGACGACGACGACGAUACAUUUGCCAACGUCGAUCAGUACUUUGCCGAUCAUGGGUAUGGUGGCGACUUCAUGGGGCCUCCUUCUCAAGAACCCAACCCAACAAAAGACGUGCGCGAUCUAGCUGGUACCGCGGAGAAGCCAAGUUGCAACAAGCGUCGUCUGCAGUUCAGCUCUCAGGAGACGCCUCCAGCUGCCGACUUCACCGAGCCUCAGAUAGGCGAGCCGGCACCGAGUACGAUCCAUGCUCCGGACGGGCCACCUUCACCUGAGGAUAUCUCGAGGAGGGUGCAUGUGGCGGGUAGGCCGAUGCUACCGAGAAAUAUGCUCGAUGCUGCAACCGGUGCUAUGCGGAGUCUGCAUGACAGUGUUCUUUCUUUGGAGAAGCGGCGUCUCGGAGAGAAGGAGGUGGCAUACCCGGUUUUCACGGCCAAGGUGCCAGAGGGCAAGGGCUUUGUGGAUAACUCCAUCGGGGGUACGAUCGUCCUGCGGUUUGAUGACAUCCACGCUAUGUUGAACCUUCAUCCGCUGCACUACACCUUCGUUCGGCUAUUUUCGCUGAGUAUGGAGAUGCGGAUCAUUCGCGACAAGACCCCGGACAUCGUGAUAGUCGACCCCUUCUACAUGCAUGCCAAGAUCUUGGGCAGCGCUGGGGACCGGCAAGUCGCGAGUUCUUACCUCGAAGGCGUCAUUCUGGCAAACCAAGAUAAGGAUAACUUCCUCGUGCCUUACUUUCCCGAUGACACACAUUGCACGCUCAUCCUCCUAAGCCCCAAAUAUUCCAUGGCCACGUAUUUUGACCCGGACCAUCAGUCGAACGUAGACUACACAAAUGUCAAGAAGGUUCUUGAUGAUGUUCUCCCCGGCUACGUCAAAUCUGGAGGCACCUUCACCAUGCCUUUUCCUAGUAGUGGGCAUGGCGAGGGAGUCUACGACGAGGUCCAGCAGCCUGACGGCGUCGACGGGGCAGAUGGCGUCAACGGCGUCGACACGGCGAGCUCGGGCAGCAUGGCGGCGUCAUCGGAGGCAACUGCAGAGAUGAAAUCUGAAAAACGCUAA